AUGAACUUCCAGGUGACGGGCCUGGGGCUGGACAAGAUGAAGCUGGACAGUCCCCAGGCCUUCCUGGACCCAGAGGAGGCAGAGGACAGGCAGCUGCUGGAGCCAGAGGCGUGGCAGAUGUACGUGGAGCGGCGCACCGCUCUACGCGAGUUCCUGACCUCGGCCCUCAGUGCCCAGCUGCUCAGACGCCACCACGCCCGCAUGGAGCUGCUGCACAAGUGCUCCUACUACAUUGAGAUCCUGCCCAAGCAGCUGGCACUGGGCGACCCGAACUCACAGGUGCUGCCAGGCACCAUGUUCCAGCUCAUCGACCCCUGGAAAUUCCAGCGCAUGAAGAAGGUGGGCACCGCACAGACCAAGAUCCAGCUGCUGCUGCUCGGGGACCUGCUGGAGCAGCUGGCCCGCGGCCGCGCCCAGCUGGACGCUCUGCUCCACUCGCCCGACCCUCGGCCCUUUCUGGCCGGCUGGGGGCGCGUAGAGCGGCGGCUGGCAGACCUGUCAGCCGCCAUGGACAACUUCCUGGCCAUGAUGGUGCCAGGGCGGCUGUAUGUCAAGCACCGGCUGGUGUCGGACAUCGGUGCCACCAAGGUCCCACACAUCCGGCUCAUGCUGAGCACGAAGAUGCCCGUCAUGUUCGACCGCAAGGAGUCGGUGGCCCACCAGGACUGGGUCAGCCUGCGCUGGUUCGUCACCGUCCAGCCGACUGUGCCCGAGCGGUUUGAGCUUUGCUUCAAGCUGCUGGAGCCUCGCACCCAGCAGGAGUGUACCCAGUGCGGCCUCAUCCCCGUGGCCGCCUGCACCUUCGACGUGCACAACCUGCUGCCUAACCGUGCUUACAAGUUCACCAUCAAAAGGGCUGAGAGCUACACGCUGGUGUACGAGCCCUGGAGGGACAGCCUCACCCUGCACACCAAGCCGGGGCCCCUGAAGCGGCCCGCCUCCCGCUGGCGGGGCCUGUCCAGCCUGUCCCCCAGCUGCACCUUCUGA